AUGGGAUAUAAACAUGCAACUCAUUUUGUCUGUCUUCUGUUUAUUAUUGUAAAUAUAAAUCUCAUAUUAGUAAAUACUCAAUCGAAUAUAAUUUCAACACAAGAUCAAGUUACUACUUAUGUUAAUCAGACUGCUAAACUCUCGUGUAUUAUAAAAAAUCGCAAUCAACGGCAUGUAACAUGGUCUCGUAUUCAUCUCAUAAACGAAACUCAAAAAUUAACGUAUCUCCUAUAUGUCGACUUACUUAAAUAUACAUCAUUAAGUCGUUAUCAUUUAACAUCCACAGUUGAUCAAGAUAAUAAAGAAUAUUGGAAUCUUGAAAUACAUCAAGUUCAUUUAUCUGAUCAAGGUUAUUAUAGUUGUAUUUUAGCAGCAGUUCAACCAAUAUCAAAGUUAUUUCAUCUUAGAGUUAUUGAUUCAACAUUCGAUAUGCAACGAGAACAGAUGAUUUCAUCAUUAUCAUUAAUUGAUAGAUCAGUAUCAACGAUAUUUUUAACAAUUAUUUUACUAUUUACAAUAUAA